UCGUCUUCUCCGGUCGAGUUUCUCUCACGUUCCACUCUCUCCCUGAGUCCUGCGUGCCGACGCCAUAUAGCCCAGCGGGCCCACAGGAGACGAGCAUCAGAGACCGAAGAAAGUCAGCGAGCUGGAACCCAGGCGUCCCGUUUGGAAGUGUCCAAGGAGAUCGCCCCAAGUGCGCCAGCCGAGUCUGGGAGAGUUUCCUUCUGGCCGAGAGGGGGAGCCCCGCGUUCCCAGCCGGCAGCGACCCGGAGUCCCGAGCCUCGAGCCCCAGCCGCCAGCUAGCGCCAGUUUUGGCUUCAGCCGAUUAGGAAGAGGAGGGAGGGGGCCGAGAGCGCGUAGAGGGAGGGGACCGGAGCCGGAGGGUCCCGAGUCCAGCUCGCUGUUGACGUAGAGAAACUUUCCCUCUCGGCCACGGAAACGGCGCCCCGGCUGCGCCGGAGCGGAGAUCUCCAGGCUCCGAGGACGCGGCGGCUCUCCAUGCCCCUGCCCGGAGCCUGACCCGACUGCAUCAGUCACUAAGUUAUGUGUAAUUUCAUCUGAUAUACACAAGAGAGAAAGUAAUUGAAGGCAAGUUCAGAUGGGAACUGUAUAAUUGAAAGUCAAGUGUCUGCAUAUUCCUUCAACUAUAUUUGAACAUACCUACCCAGGAUAUAAAGUGUGACUGAACUGAACAUCUAUUUGGUUGUUCCUCAUCAUGAACCGUGCUUUUAGCAGGAAGAAAGACAAAACAUGGAUGCAUACGCCAGAGGCUUUAUCAAAACAUUACAUUCCUUAUAAUGCAAAGUUUCUUGGCAGCACAGAAGUGGAGCAGCCCAAAGGAACAGAAGUUGUGAGAGAUGCUGUAAGGAAGCUAAAGUUUGCAAGACAUAUCAAGAAAUCUGAAGGCCAGAAAAUUCCGAAAGUUGAGUUGCAAAUAUCAAUUUAUGGAGUAAAAAUUCUAGAACCCAAAUCAAAGGAAGUUCAACACAAUUGCCAGCUUCACAGAAUAUCAUUUUGUGCAGAUGAUAAAACUGACAAGAGGAUAUUCACUUUCAUAUGCAAAGAUUCUGAGUCAAAUAAACAUUUGUGCUAUGUAUUUGACAGUGAAAAGUGUGCUGAAGAGAUAACUUUAACAAUUGGCCAAGCAUUUGACCUGGCGUACAGGAAAUUUCUAGAAUCUGGAGGAAAAGAUGUUGAAACAAGAAAACAGAUUGCAGUGUUACAGAAAAGAAUUCAAGACUUAGAAACAGAAAAUAUGGAACUUAAAAACAAAGUACAGGAUUUGGAAAACCAGUUGAGAAUAACCCAAGUAUCAACAUCUCCACUGCUGCACAAAAUGUCUGAUCAUGAGCAACACGGGUUUCAGAGAUGCUCACCUUCUUUCUGGCAUAGAACUGAUGAUUCAUCUCCCUGUCUAAAUAUUUCUUCCAUUACUGUCACUCCCGUCAACUCGCCUGAUUCCAGACUAUCAUUGAGACUGUUAAUACCACCACCUUCUAAAUGUGGCCUUUCCAAGCCAAUCAGUGAGAGCAGCAUCCCAAGACCUCAUGCAGGCAAUGUGACACCUAAGUGUCCCUCCACUGACAUCUUUGAUAUGAUUCCAUUUUCUCCAAUUUCACACCAGUCUUCAAUACCUACUCGCAAUGGCACGCAGCCACCUCCAGUCCCUAGUAGAUCUACCGAGAUUAAACGGGACCUGUUUGGAGCAGAACCUUUUGACCCAUUUAACUGUGGAGCAGGGGAUUUCCCUCCAGAUAUUCAAUCAAAAUUAGAUGAGAUGCAGGAGGGGUUCAAAAUGGGACUAACUCUUGAAGGCACAGUAUUUUGUCUCGACCCAUUAGACAGCAGGUGCUGAUGUCAAGAACAAGAGGUCUUGAAUCUGUUAAAUUUGUUUUGUAUACAUAUCUAUUAUUCAUUAUUACUUGUGACAGGUAUUAUACAUGUACCAAUAUAUUUUUGAACCUCAUAACUUUCUGAAAAUUAUUUCUGUAAAAUUUCCUCAUACUUUCACUGUUGUACUGUAGCAUUUUGUUUUAAAAACAACUCACUGUAAAGUAAAUCAUACUUUUAUGUUCCUUUCUGUUUGUUUGUAGAAGAAUUUAUAACUGAAAGACAAAUUAUCCAAAUAUCUGCCUGUGUCUGAGCUCUAAAUAAUUAGCUUCUUCAAAUUUAAGUUCAUUCUCUAGGAUGCUAGUUUAUUACUGAUUUCCCAAAAGCCGUACCUUAAAGAUACCUUUCAGAGUCCUCAAGAGAUACACCAAUGCCAAACUAAAUAUGUUCUAUAUUCAAACCAAUAAACAUGUUACCAUUCAUUAGACAGAUGUCAUUUUAUGUAUGAAAUGUUGUUCAUAUUAUUGGGAAAAUGUAAACUUUGAAUAUAAUACCACCAGAUCCUUUUUAGCAGGUAAAAUAACAAAAACAUAAAUUCCAAUAAUAAUUAAACUAAAUGUAUUUAGAGUACUUAUUAGUAAAAUCAAGGUAAUCAUGUUAGUUAUUAUUAUCAGCUACACUCCAAAUAUUUUAUUUAUUUCAUACAUAAAGAUUGUGGAAAAAAUGAAAAUUUGCUAUUUACAAAACACUUAAAAUAAAAUUUAAUUUCUAAUGAGGUAAGUUACAUUACUAAACAUCAUAUGAUCUGAAGUUUCUGGAAAAAACAUUUGGAAUAUGUGCUGUCUAUAGUUGCAGUAUCUAUUACCCAUAUAUACUUUACCAAAUAUAUUUUUUCUGAACUGAAUAAGACUAUCCUUCUUAUAUUUUCUCCUUUGAUAAAGAUAUUUUCUCACCAAAGUUUAUUUUGUGAUGACCCAUUAGUUUUGAUACUGUUAAAAAUCUAUGGCACCUGUUCUUUAUGAAUUAUCAAUAUUAUUUAGCAAAUUUAAUUUGUAUCUGUUUUGUUAAAGUCAGAAUCUCAUUUUUCACAAAAAUGAAAUUGCUGCUCAGUUUAGUCUUUAACAUGAACAAUAACAUUUUCUUGCAGCUGAUUCUUUUUUUUUUUUUUAAUCCUAAUCGAAACCACUUUUUAAAAAAAAUUAAUUAAUUGAUUUUAUUUUUUUAUUUUUGGCUGUGUUGGGGCUUCGUUUCUGUGCGAGGGCUUUCUCUAGUUGCGUCAAGGGGGGGCCACUCUUCAUCGCGGUGCGCGGGCCUCUCACUAUCGCGGCCUCUCUUGUUGCGGAGCACAGGCUCCAGACGCGCAGGCUCAGUAGUUGUGGCUCACGGGCCUAGUUGCUCCGCGGCAUGUGGGACCUUCCCAGACCAGGGCUCGAACCCGUGUCCCCUGCAUUGGCAGGCAGAUUCUCAACCACUGCGCCACCAGGGAAGCCCGCAGCUGAUUCUUGAUGUGCUGAUGAACUCUGACUUUUAAAAAUGUUUUUUUCUCACACCUUUGCCCAUUAUGUAACAGACUGUAAUUUGUACUGAGUGCAGCAAAAUUUAUGGUCAAAUUUAUAAAUUUGGUUCAUCACAUUAUAAGAAAAAAAAUUAAAUUAAUGAAAAUAUGAGCUUAGAUUGAGGGUAGAUCUCAAAAAUGUUUCUUUUCCUUUAGUCAUGGGAAUUUUCUUCACGUGCUAAAGGUACAUUUUCACAAGGAACAGAAAUCAAAUAGGCUUAUGCAAUAUUAUAUUUGUAUGUAUCCCCAUAAUGUUCUGUGGUGUAUAUAAGCCUUCUUGUUUGCUUUCUGUUAUCUGCUAAGUUGUACCUUAAUUAGAGGGUAGUGUAUGUUUCAUAAAGAAGAGUCUUUAUAAUUUUGUUUGUCAUAUAGUAUUUUGGAAUUUGUAUAAUGAGGAUGUUUAGAAGCCAUAUUAAUGGCUUUUUUUAACAGAUAGAAUUUGUAUUUUUAUUGUACUUUAAAAAGCUUUAUGUAACAGGUAUAUAUUUAGUGGCGAUUUAUUAUCAAUGGUAACACAAUAGAGUAGUUUGCACAUUUAAAAUAUGUUACUGUACCAAUUUUUAAUGGUAAUCAAUUCUGCUACUG